ACCAGUGCUAAAAGAACCUCAGAACUCACUAAUUAGAGAUUGGACACAGAAGUUUGAUAUCAACAUGAAGUUCGCAAUUUAUAGGCUGAUGCUAAUCAGUGUUGCAGUUUAUGCAGUGUUCAGCUGGAAGCAUACUCAUGAAGAAUUGUUGAAUAUUCAGAAAUUAAUUUCAUGCAAUUUGACACCACAUUUUUCACAAUUAAGAAUUUUUCUGGAGCUCCUAGCUGGAGGAGUGCAGCUGUCAGCAGCAGAGGUAGACACAUUGGAGACAUCAGGGAAGAGUAAUGGAGAUAGAAUCUGCUAUUACAUCAAUGAAGACUGGGCAAGGAAAGACAUUUCCAGCGAGAGAAUUUGUGAGGGCAACAAACAGUAUGCAUUUAUCAAUGAACUAAAAAAUUAUACAGAUGCAGAGUUUUACUGCCGAAGACAAUGGAAAAAUGGACGUUUGGUGUCGAUACAUAAUGCAGCAGAGAAUGAAUUUGUUUUGCACUUGGUAAACAGCAACUAUAGAAAUAGUGUUUCCUAUGCAUGGAUCGGUGCUGUACAGCUGCUGGAAAGUAAUCAGUUCAUCUGGACUGAUGGCUCCACUUGGAAUUACACCAACUGGAAAUCUGGCCAACCAGACAAUGACAAUUCACAUGGGAAAGAGGCCUGUGCUGAAAUGUAUACUGAAAAUGAUUAUGCAGGAAAAUGGAAUGAUAAUUACUGUGGGCACAAGAAUGUCUUCAUCUGUCAGCACUUUUGAAAUAUACGUGCUUUCCUUGGUUCAAGGAUGUUUUGCUUUCCAGUCUCAGCAGAAUGCUUUGAUUCCCUAGAUGAACUGUAACUCAAGAAUCUGACUGAUUGAUUGUUGUUAUUGCAUUCACAGCUCAGAAGACACUUCUUAGGAUAACUGUCAGUGUUGUGCAUGCCGUUCAUGAAAUGAGAUAUUCCAAAACAAUAAAGCUGGCAUUAUACUCUGCUGAAGUUGAAAAACAAUUGCAUUUAAUAAAUUUAAAUUUAUAGCACUGUGUCAGCUCUAUAUAGUGUAUGGCUAGACAGAAGGCGUGUCAGGCCUCAUUGCAGACUACCAGUGUAAGUUUUUAAAGGAGCGGUUGUGGUUGUAAAUAAGUGAAUGCUGCAGCAUUUUGUUUUCAAAAGUAUAUUUGUAUGGCUGUUUGUCUGUAUAUGCAUCUCUCAUCUGUAUAUGCUUAUCUAGGUAGUAGGACAGACAGAUUGACAUUGCACACAAGCGCACACACACAUACACACACACACACACACACACACACACACACACACACACACACACACACACGCUCAUAUACAAAAGGCAGUGCAGCACAGUGGAUUCAAGUAAUUUCAGUCAGAACUAUAACCACAUCUGCUGAUAUGGCACUGUCUUGCUGCAGUUGUUCGGUCAUUUAGCUGAAUCUGACUCUUCAUGACCUUCUGACAUCCCAGUUAUUAAUUAUUUCCUAACAUACAGGAACUCUGCAGCCACUGCAGUGCUUUACAAAUUAUAUGUACAAUCAGCUUUUGUGUAAUGGCUGAAGGCAGCUGACAUUGUCUCCGUAUGUCACAAUAACAGCCGCGGAUAAUAUACUACACCCUUCUGUUUAUUAUUCCUUUAUUGCAUCCCUUUGUAAAUACUGUGUUAAACUACAUGUAAUAAUUUGGUAGCCAUGCCUGAAAUGAGGAUUCUUAGGCUGUAGAAAACAGUAUCUAAUGUUACAGACUAUGUUGCAGUCUAGCAUUUAAUGUAAAAAAAUGUCCUAAUGCCAGCUCUGAAUUACACAGUUCCAUAUAGUACUGCAUGUACUUAUGUAAGAGAUGAUGUCCUGCUUCAUUUUGUAAUAAAUCUGCAUUCAGCAUCA